CACGGGAAAAGCUGCGUGCUUAAAUAAAGUUUGUAAAGUUAACAUUACGAGAGCUAUAACAUAAAUAUGACGACUCUACUCAGGAAAAUGUGGAAAAAUCAUUCAAAACACAAAAAGUUGUGCGAGGAGUGGGCUCUUGCUGAAUGUGAAGGGGAGGGUUGGUGGAGAGAAGCGAAGGAAGGCAGAGGCAGUACGGAGGUGCGGUACGCCGGCAUCGCUCCUGUGGAACGCGCAGCAUCCGCGCCCGCCACUGCAUUAGCAGUUCGUUCAGCGCUGCACACUGCCAAAACCUUUAACAAAAAGUUGCAGAGAGUGUUCUUGGAUAUAAGUCCAAAGGGCAUCCUGGUGUCCGAUGCAGAGUCGCAAGACAAUGUUCUCAGCGUCUCUAUUUACAGGAUCUCAUACUGCUCCGCGGAUGCUGCGAACGCGCGAGUCUUUGCGGUGGUCGAAGGCAAAAGCGCAGGCGGGGAAGAGAAUCACGUGGUGCACGUAUUCGUCUGCGCCCGACGGAAGCAAGCCCGCGCCCUAGCCCUCUCGCUCGCACACGCCUUCAACGAUGCUUACCAGGCUUGGCAAGCAAACGAAGCUGCGUCCUUAAAAUCGGGUGGCCAGCGCCUUGUGACUCCAUGGGUCCAUUUCCCCGAUGAAUCCGACGAAGAAACUGAAAACGAGCAAUGGAACUCUCCCGCUCCGCUUGUGACUUUCGCCUGAACAAUAACAAUAUAAACUAAACUAAAUACUCUUAAUUUAAUAAAACUCUGA